UUCUCUGUUCAUUUUGUUACAGGUUUUAGUCUAGAACGCUCGUUUCGAAGCACGCCCGUGAGAGCGAGGAAAAAGUACCACAUGAACUCCUCAAGUGUUAAAAAUCUCCCGUAACCACGAUUCAUUUUGUUCUUUUUUCCGUGAGUGCCACGUGUUUUCCCUGCGAACGAAUGAAUUCACUCGCUCCAUUCGUUGGCCGCGUUUCGUUCAUCAUGCAACGAGUUUCCUGAAGUGUCAUUUUUGGUCGCUAUGACCACAUGGACUGAAAGAAUGCAUCGGCGAGCCGCCACGAUCGGCACGGUCGUCACAUCUUGUGCUCACCAGUCCUCUUCGCCGUACCCGAGACGUAUCGAGAAGGUGAAAUUUGGACUGCCUCUUGAACAAGUAUGCCGCAAAGAUAUUCCUGGACCGCUUUUGGUGAUGGUUUUGCGACUGAACAAGGAGGGGCCGUUCAAACGUGACGUGUUCCGCGCUCCGGGGCAUCAGGCAAACAUGAAAAAACUCGUGCACAUUCUUCAACACGGCAGACUCGUCAACAUGGAGAACUUCUCGGUGCAUACGAUCGCAAGCGUCCUCAAGAAAUUUCUUCGCAAGAUCCCUGGUGGAAUUUUCGGACCUGAACGGGAAAAGCGUCUUUUUGAGCUGAUUGAGUGGGAGAACUUGGAAGAGAAGCGGGAAGAAGCCCAAAAGUUGAUCCGUGGUCUGGACUUGAACGCCCAGAGGCUUCUCACGCUGCUUAUCGGCACAUUCCGCAUGAUUUCGUCUCGCUUUGACGCCGUGGCGUGUCCGACGCGGAUGUCGUCGGAAGCCCUGGGCGUGUCAGUGGCCCCUUCAUUCUUCCACAGCUGCGUUUCCGAAGGCAAGAACGCGUGUCUGGAGGACGUGACUCGUUUCAAGAGUGCGACGCGAAUCAUAACGUUCCUUAUUGACAACUUCGGCGUGAGCAACUUGUUCGGGCGCGACAACUACGAGUACUACGCCAAGAUCACGGGCCGCAUCCUACGAGUGGAAAAUGACUGGAUCUUCUGCGUCCGCUACCCCGUCGAAACUGCGAUCUGUAGCAGCGAAGAGAGUCAGUCUACCCCAGUUUUAGUCGACUCUGAGGUUAGUAACGACGGUGUCGAGAGUUUAGAUGCCGCCAUCAUCGAACGCGAGCCUAGCUUGAGUCAAACUGCGUCGGGACGAUUGUCUGUCAGCCUUGGUGGUAACGGAAUUUUCCAGAAGACGUGUCGAAUAGUGGACUCCCCGGGUGCGGAUAAGCUGCCAAAGGGAAGCCAAGUGGCUUCGAGUUGUCAAGUUCUUUCGUCGAGAGUGAUGAGUCCCUGCGAAGAGCGGGCGGUGAUGAGCGAAGAGGCGACAGCGGCGGAGGACUUGCGGGCCCGCAACAAGUACGCGGAGAGCACGCGUUCCCUUUCCUACCUGCCGAUGGUGCACGAGAGACAGACUGCGAGGAUGCGAACCAGGUCGGAGUGGUUUUUGUCGCCGAACAUCGCGACGGACUGUGCGACGUCGUCGGUGCACAUGGCUGCCGGGAUUGGGGACUCGAUAGCUGAAGAAGAUUCGUGCUAUUACUCGUUGACAAUCCUGCCCUCUGCAGCUGGGCUGUGUGAUACCAACUCCUCCAGCUCGACUGAUGGUGGUGCCGUGGCAAAGGGUCCGCAGGCCCGACCCUUGGCGAGUGUGGAGAACCGGCGCCCGCGUUCCGGGGUCUGCGUCGGAGCAGUGGCAGUGAAGGGGGACUGGUCGUGUUGGGGACCUGGAGUCAACAGCAAGGUCAAAUGUGUUCGACGGGACCAGAGCGUCAACAACGUACUCCAAGGAGAAGCAUGUUCUGGAAAGACCGAAGCGACGAACGCGGGAUCCGGUCUGAAGAGAGAAGAUGAGGAAGGAAUGUUGACCUCGGGCUCAGAGGAAGAGUCGAAGAUUGUGCGACGCACGUCGAGUCGGAAAGAGAAGCGGGGACCGAAGGAGUCGGCUGCAGAUUCUUCGGCGGCUUCGGUCGCCUCCCCGAAGAAGAAGCAGCGGGAAUCUGGGGAUCUGGAGCAAGAAAACUCCGUCGUGGGCAUCAACUGAUGCUCGUGACGUCGACGUGAACAACGGUUCUUUUUAUUUAAUUUAUUUAUCUGAAGUAUUGUUCGCGCAGUUAUUCAAAAUACUAGAACGAAUGUGCUCUUUUUUAUAUACUGUACUGUAUUGCACCGCGCAAGGGAAAGAUAUAUUUUUUGCAUGUAUUCCGUAGUUGUGCGGUAUAUUCGCCUACCCGACAAAAGUAACGGUUGCCCGAGUUGUGCUCUCGUUUAUUUUUCUGUCUCUGUCUCAUCCGUGUUUCUUUCAAUUUUCUUCUUUUGGCUGCUUUAACGCAUAUAUUUUCUAUUGAGAGUGGAAAUGAUGAUGUUCUCUUCCCCUACUGUUGAAACUAUGUCGUGGGAACUUCGCAUUCUUCACCGUUUGCCGCCUGCUUGCGUCAAGCUUAUCACCCUUAGCUACUUCUGACCUCGAUCAAAUUUAAAUUAUAUGUGCGUGCGUUCUGAAAGGCGUCGAUUCUCUCAUUUUUUUUUUUUUUUUUCGCUGAGGAAGAGAAAAUCUUGUUACCUGACUCUCUCUCUGAAAAAUGAAAAGGCUCAGGAAAAGCUGAUGAAUUUCAAUGUUUGACCGAGAAACGCAUAUGGAAUAUUCUGAAGCUCAACGACGAAUAAAAACGGAGAGGGGGCUGGGUUAUCUGGUUUCACGGGGAAGAAUUUGGUUGGGGAUUUUCUUUAUCUGCCAAAAGUUCUCCACUUUGGGUCAGUGAUUUGGGAACAAAAUUGAAACAAGGAAAGCGCGUGAAUUUGAAAUGCGUCUGUUUGAUCUCUUCAUGGACCAGUCAUGUUCUUUUUUCCUUGUUGGUGGUGAAUUUUUCAACGAAAAGUGUGCUCCCGAUUUCUCUUGCAUGGCAUCUUUGGGUCCCUAUAUUUUGCGAAAUGUUGACGGGAGUGGUCGGAAGCUGAGGAAUCGUCGAUUUUUGCAGUGGAAUUAGUCUGUAUUUCGUAGUCGUGAAUUUUUAAUGACAUGAGGGGCUUGACCACGUAAUACUCCGGAAAUUUCUCUCUCGACACUGUUGGAUUAAUUUGAUGGAGCAUGACACUUUGACGUUGGUUGAAUUUCGUUCGGGAAAGGAGUGGAGGACGUUCGAUACUCCUAGAAACAGAUCCCAAAGACAUCUGAAUGUGAUUCUCUCGCUGAAUCGAGCUCAAACUUGCUGGGAGGGUCUGCUUUGUUUUAUCGAGUUCUGCGAUUUGCUUUCGCAUUCGGAUUGUGUGUGUAUUAUUGUCAACUUGCUCAAGGUUUUGCCAAUCAUUCCUCUCGAAAUCUACGGAGUUUUGUGAAGUAACCCAAGAGGACAUAUCGCGAUGGUCUUUGUCUAUUUUUCCACUCUUACGAAGAAGGCAAUGAUAAACCGUGCCCAUUUUUUUGUGUCGUCUUGUUGCUGGUUGUUGAACCCACGACUUGUUGGAAAUUUUUUCAAACGGAGGGUUUCCGCUAAUUCUAUCUCUCUGUCUCUCACUGCUGUGCUUCGGGGAUCCAUUUACUUUCCAAGGGCAGGUUUGUUGAAAAAGAAGUACUGUAUUGAAACUCAAUUUCAUUUUGUGUCGCUGUUCCAAAAUUGUUCAAGACGACCGUCACGAGGCGAGCAAUCAUGCCAGAAUGCCAAAGAUGCAGAGAACCUCUUAAUUUAAGGAUUCCACCUUUUUUUUUUUCUUUCUUUCCUCCCCAUUCUGAAGCAGUCAUGAGCACGUGUGGAAGUCGUGUGCCUCUUUCCGCGCUGCAGCAGUUCAAUCUCGUUCAUUCUCACUUCCAAACGAUCUUCGGGUCGGCUUGUUGGAAUUAUUUAUUUUUUGUGGGAAGUGCCUUACGUUGGCAUGCGUGUGUUCCCGAAAUUGAGUUACGAGUGCCCAUAGUAUUUGUUUUAUGACUGCCGAAGUAUUCAUGACCUCGUGGUGAGUUUUUUUUUCGGAUCGUCAGGAGGUACCGUGACGUGCAAAUAUUUAUGAGCGAGGAAGUGUCUCAUUUUUCGUUGCUUUGUUUGCCCUGCAUCAUGAGUAAAAAGAAACGCACGCGUGAAUAUAUAUUUUGGUUGCGCAUCUUCUUAGAGGUGAGGUUCGUGUUGUUCCAGGACUGCACAAGGUUCCAUGAAUCUGGAGGACAUUUUUUUCCUCUCAACGGUUCUAUUCAAGUUGGAAAUUUGAAGAGUGCGUGAAUGGUUUCCCCCUCGUUCGAAUCUUAACGUGCGACAUAAUUCGUUCGCACGUGACACCGAACCAAAGCCUUGUCUUCCUUAUGUUUUGGAACAAAAGUUUGAAGAUCUUUUUUUAUUACAUUUCGCGGCCAGUUGAAGCAUUCAUUUCUUGCUUUUUGUGUUCCUCACUUGACGGGGGUCAAAUGGAAGCGGAAGACAAACGUCCGAGAUUUUCGUGUCGGGGGC